CUGGGGCGCGGAGCGCAUGCUGUGGCCGAGCACAGAGAAACUGCGCGCUCUCAUACCGACACUCCGUAUUCUCCCUUUUUCCUCCUCCUCCUCUCAGACACUUCCCAAACAAAGAGAAACACGCGAGGCGGAGGAACAGAGUGCAUCCGUCGGGAACCACCGAAUCCUCGUUGAUCAGAAAAACACACACCGAUACACUCUGACCCGAACCGGUUGGAACCGAGAGGAGAUUGAUUGAUCAUGUGUAGUAACGGAGCAAGUAACGGGACCAGCGAUAUGCUACAGAUCCAGUUUGGUUUGAUCAACUGUGGGAAUAAAUACCUAACCGCUGAAACGUUCGGUUUUAAAAUCAACGCGUCGGCCACGAGCUUGAAGAAGAAGCAGAUUUGGACUCUGGAGCAGAGCGGGGAAGAGGCUGCCGGUAAUGUGUUCUGUCUCAAGUCACAUCUGGGUCGGUACAUAGCGGUGGAUAAAGACGGGAACGUUACCGGGGAUAGUGAGAGUUCUGGACCCGAGACCCGGUUCAUCAUCACGGCUCACGACGAUGGGAGAUGGUCUCUGCAGUCAGAGGUCCAUGGCAGAUAUCUGGGAGGCACAGAGGACAGGAUCAGCUGCUUUGCCCAGACUGCAUCAGUGGCUGAAAAAUGGAGUGUUCACAUUGCCAUGCAUCCUCAGGUGAACAUCUUCAGUGUGACCAGGAAGCGUUAUGCCCACCUGUCCUCCAAGGUGGAUGAGGUCUCUAUCGACCGCGACGUCCCGUGGGGGGUGGACUCCCUGAUCACCCUGGUGUUCAGAGACCAACGCUACCACCUGCAGACGUCUGAUAACCGCUUCCUGAAGAACGACGGCAGCCUGGAGGCCGCGCCGGACAAGACCACCGGAUACACGCUGGAGUUCCGCUCCGGCAAGGUGGCGUUCAGGGAUUGUUCCGGGCGCUACCUGGCGCCGUCGGGCCCGAGCGGGACCAUGAAGAGCGGGAAGACUAGCCGCGUGGGGAAGGAUGAGAUGUUCUCUCUGGAGCAGAGUCACCCUCAGGUGGUUCUCACCGCCGGCAACGAGAGGAAUGUCUCCACCAGGCAAGGCAUGGACCUGUCAGCCAAUCAGGACGAGGAGGGAGACCAGGAAGUGUUCCAGGUGGAGAUGAGUCGUGAGAACAGGAAGUGUGCCUUCCGGACCGCCGCCGGGAAGUACUGGACCCUCACCUCUUCUGGAGGACUACAGUGUACCGCCUCUACUAAGACUGCCAACUGUUACUUUGACAUGGAGUACUGUGGUAAGAAGCUGACUCUACGUGCCGCCAACGGGAAAUACGUUGCAGCCAAGAAGAACGGCCAGCUAGCCGCUACCGUCGAUGUUGCCGGUGAGUCGGAGGAGUUCCUGAUGAAGCUGAUUAACCGUCCAAUCAUCGUCCUCCGUGGGGAACACGGUUUCAUCGGGUGUCGUAAGGUCACAGGAACCCUGGACUCCAACCGUUCCUCGUACGACUACUUUACCCUGACCUUCAGAGAGGGGACGUACAGCUUACAGGACUCGACGGGGAAGUUCUGGAUGGUGGGCAGCGAGGCGUCGGUGGUGAGCAGCAGUGACAACCCCGUCGACUUCCUGUUAGAGUUCUGCGACUACAACAAGGUCGCUAUCCGCUCCGUCGCCGACGGGAAGUAUCUCCACGGCGACCACGCCGGCGUCUUGAAGGCCAACGCCGACGACCUGGAGACCGCCACGCUCUGGGAGUACUGACCCCCUUCCCGAGACCCUGUUACUACGACAACGAAGCAGCAGCAUCCCAUAACUCCUCCCUCUAUCCCUCCAUCCUUCUCUCAACUCUGUCCUAACCCCUCCCAGACCAGGGCUGUGUUCAGUGGGGUGAAAUGUUCACGAUAUCGUAGAUGGGGGGUAAUGUAAGACCUAGAGCUGACCCCAUUAUCUGUUUUCACUUGAUAAUGAAUCCCGUCUCAUCUAAUCUACAUCAUACGUUUCUAUGUGACAUUCCACCGCUCUGAACAGGACCUUUUUUUAUGUGUGAACUGGACAAAGGAGGGAGAGAAAGAGAGCUGGGGGAGGUUAUGUCCUAAUGUAAAGGCUUUCUUCACCUCCUUUUCUCGCUCUGCCUUUCCCUCUUUUCUCUCUGCCUUUCCCUCUUUUCUCUCUCUGCCUUUCCCUCUUUUCUCUCUCUGCCUUUCCCUCCCCUUUUCUCUCUCUGCCUUUCCCUCCCCUUUUCUCUCUCUGCCUUUCCCUCUCACAGUUCCGUUCUGCAGUACCCACCUGUAUUUGUUGCCAAAGUUAGUGGGGCUGUGCACUAUUCCCCCCCAUCCAAUAGCAACGUGGCUCGAUGUGUCACUCAGUCCUAGAUGUAUGAUUGGCCCACUCUCAAACAGCUGACCACCCCCCCCCCCCCCCCCCCACAACUAAACACUUCUUCAACUGAACUCUCUCUAUAUCUAAUUAUCUAUUUGUAUCCAGGUGUCUGUCCCUGUGAUCUCUGUAUUCAACAACACAUGGUGGUCAGACAGUAUUUAUCAUGUAGGACCUGAUUUUUGGGCAGAAUUCAAUCCCACAAUGCAAUGUUCACGGUAAACGCUGCAUGUGUCGGUUUAUUCUGAAAUUACCUUUUCAUUUUAAAUGUCUAAAAGCAGUGAUGGUUUUGAAUCCUAAAUAGGACCAGGUUCUGUCUGGAACCGGGUUCUGUCUGGAAAUAGAGGCUGGUCUCUGAGCGUUGUGUAAAAACUGGAAGUGGAUUCUCACGGUGUUCUGGAAUGGGUUUAGUCCCUCAUCUCAUUAAUAUUGUAUCACAGGAAACGUUCCAAUGUAACCUAGAGGAAAUGAUGUCAUCCUCUAGCUGUGAGCUCAUUGGUGGAGAUUUUGAUCUCCCAGACAGGAAAUAACCUUGUUUUAUGUUGUUUUCGUGAAGGAAGUGUGUGUGUGUCCCUACAGCUGAUCUGGUGGGACGUUAACCUCUGACUGGAAGAAUUUCUUGAAUUUUCUCUCUUAAGGCACAGCCAUUAUCAUGGAGAAUGAUCUGUUGGUAUUGAUACAAACACCGUCUCUCACAUGACUUCCUGGUCUCACACUCCUCCUCACAACUGGAAUCUGGUGCUUAAUCUCAUAAUUCUCAUGUAAAUGUGACCCACUGUGAUCUAGCCAGCGGUCAACGAUGUGGUGUAGUGGAUGGAUGGAUGGAAAGGUGUGUGUGUGUGUGACUGUUGGUUCACACAGGUUAGACCGCCAUUGUAGUUCUGAUAAUGCCUGUGUCUGACUCAGUGUUUCUGGGUAAUUUACUAAAUGUAACUAUAUAAAAAUAUUCCAAACCUUUUUUUACUUUGAGAAACUGGAACUUUCCUUUUCUGUUUUAUUUUUUUUGGUGAUUAAUCUGUUGUGCCAUUGGUUCACCUGGAUGCCAACAACCAAUUAAAAAACGGGGAUUUUGAACACUA